AUGGGUCGUAAAAGGUCAGAUAUGUUAAUAGAUUCUCCUCUUAAUUCAGGUCCCACUAUAAAUCAAAGUACCGACAAUUUAUUACGUCGAAUCAAAAAAAAGAAUCCAAAUUCACUUACUACUAACGCAAAAAAACGACAAAAGAAAAGUCGAAUGAGAGCUCUUAUGAAUAACGAAAAGAAAGAAAUCAAAGUUUCAAAAAGUGUAGAUAAAUUAUUAAAAAGGAAAAAAAGUAAAAAUGUUUGGGAAUAA